GGCGCGCGCUCUCUCCCCGCCUUCCCUCGCGCUUGUAUAGUAAAGUGUUCCGCGCGCAGGUGGUGCGUGCCGCUCUGAAUCCGAUCAGGAUGAUGCGAUCUGCACAGCUUCUCGCUGCAGUCCUAUACUGCCUAGGCUGCAUUCAUUCUCUACCGGUACCAGACAGAAACAGCCACAGGUACAAACCUGCAGCGGAUUGGCCUCAAAAACCCCGUUACCAUAGCCUGAAGAAGAGGGGCCGAUUUCAUCAUGUUCAGGAUACACUGAGUGAAGUCUCUGGCAAUAAAAGAGUGCAUCCACACUCAACUCUUCCCAGGAAUGACAUAGAGUUCUGGAACAGACCUCGCUGUGGAGUCCCAGACUACCCCUCACAGAAGGAAGGGAGCGUCCUUAAUUACUUAACCCACAGAGGAGGCUUGCUUGGAGGCCAUAAUCGCAGAAAACGCUUUGAUUUGUUCGGAGUACGUUGGGACAAAACAGACCUCACAUACAAGAUCUUGCGGGGUCCUUGGCAGAUUAAUUUAGAAAAAGUCAAACAUGUGAUGGAAGAGGCACUGCGGGCCUGGAGCGACGUCACCCCUCUCACCUUUACUGAGGUCACCAGUGGCCGGGCGGAUAUCAUGUUUGACUUUAACAGGUACUGGCAUGGAGACAGUCUUCCUUUUGACGGCCCAGGAGGAAUUCUGGCUCAUGCCUUCUUUCCACGAACUUACCGGGAGGGAGAAAUUCACUUUGACUAUGAUGAAUCUUGGACUUUGGGCAACAGUAUGGGUAUUGACCUCCUUCUGGUGGCUGCUCAUGAGAUUGGUCAUGCAUUAGGAUUGCAGCACUCCAAGACAAGAGGCGCAGUGAUGGCGCCUUACUACACUUUCUCCUACUCGCUCAAACUGAGUGAAGAUGACAAGCGAAGGAUACAGUCUUUGUAUGGCACCAAACACACUGUUGAUAAAAUAAAGAUAGAGGAGAGGACUCCCAAAAUCAAAGAAACCAAUGAGAUAGAAACCACAGUGCCCGAUGCUUGCCAAACUGACUUUGAUGCUGUAUCUAUGAUCCGAGGUGAGCUGUUUUUCUUCAAGUCGGGUUAUGUAUGGCGGAUCCGUGAUGGUAGACUCCAGACUGGAUAUCCUGCAUUGGCAUCCAGGCACUGGAGUGGAAUCCCAGGAGACAUUGAUGCUGCUUUUGAGGACCAAUCUGGAAAUAUCUGGUUCUUCCAAGGCCAGAGUUACUGGGUUUUUGAUGCAGAGCGGCAAAUCACAGGGCCAGACUCUGUACGCCAACUGGGUCUAAGAGUGAAUGACAUUCAGGCAGCUCUCAUGUGGGGAGAAGACAAGGCUCAGAAGAUCUACUUCUUCAAAAAAGGAAGCUACUGGCGAUUUAACCUGAAGGAAAACCAUGUAGACUCAGUCCAUCCUCGGAGCAUGAGGGACUGGAGGGGCAUACCGGAUGACAUUGACGCUGCUUUCCUGGACCAAUUCGGCUUCGCCCAUUUCUUGAGAGGAAGGCAGUACUGGAAGUUCGACCCAGUGCAAGUGAGGGUGCUGGAGGGAUACCCACGAUAUAUUGGCAUGGAUUUCUUCGGUUGUUCUUCAGCCCUGUAUCGAUGAGUCAUGGGUUCAACUAGACGUAAUUUAUCUCAAAUGCAUUGCUGAUCCCACAGGGAGUUCACACAUGUUUAACUUUGAACCAGUCUAGUUCUGGUAUUUUUGCUUAUAUCAGGUAAAGUGUCAGAUGUACAGUUUCUGUACAAUCUAACCACUGGAUUAAACAUUUUUCUGUGGUUUUAAGUAGAUACUGUUUAUCUACUCAGUGACUCAAGAUGCUACAUCUGUGCCACUUAACCAUACGGAUCUUCUCAUCUGCAAAACAAUGACUCUCAUUUCUCAGGAAAAUCAGAAAAAUCUGGCCUUAAAAUAUUUUGUGUAACUGAUUAUUUAUUAUUUGUAUAUUUUUUUGGCAGUAUUGAUAGUGUUAGGAAAAUACAACAGCCAUUUUUUUAAGAAACAUCAUAUUGUGCUAUGCUGUUGAAUACCACAGGAGCAAAAAUUGCAUUAACCAUAAUGCACUUACAAUGGAAGUCUAUGAGGCAAGCUAUUUAAAGUGGGAAUACUUUUCUAGUUUAAAGAACUGGUAUUUGACAGUGUUUUACAGACGCUGUUGUUGAGUUUUUAUUGAAUCUGGGACAUUCCUUUAAUGUCCAAAAAAAUAUUGAAAGCCUAGAUUUCAAAAUAAAAGUGUUAAAAUCUACUUACAUGAGCAGUUUUGGUUCAAAGGCAUUUUUGGUACAAAUGUAGGCGACAAAAACUUGAGGUAUACAUUUAGAUCAAAUAUCAAAGCAUCCUAGAAAUGAAUAACAAUUCGUUCUCAGAGCAAGAUUAAUUUAUUUUUGUUAACCUUUUUUUUAUUAUUAUUUAACUUUGUAGAGAUAGCUGAACUUUUUUUUUUUUUAAUUUUGAAGGGCCUGAACUAUAAAGUGUAGAACCAUGAUGCUGUACUUUCAGCAUCUAGAGCUGGUCACACUGACUUUGUUCGAUUGUUAAUGAGAAACAGCAAUUUAACUUGACACAAUUUACCUUUGGCAAUGGUUGUCAAUGUGAACAUCCAUUUAGGCUGAACUUAAGACUGUAAAGGACUUAUCAAGACCUGUUUUUCAAUAGUGAUAAUGUAUAUUUUACAGUGCAGGUCACUGAUGCUGUUGACAUGCUAUCUAAUUAAACUUUUUUCAUAUUGUGGAUAUUGAGGAAUAUAAUCCUUACAGCAUGAUAAUCAUGGUUUUUGUUUAAAGGAAACAGCACACUUCUCAUUCAUUGUUAUAAUGUUUGUCAUAAUCAAUUCUUUCUCGUUAUUGUUUUUAAUGAUCAAUUUACCAUGUAAAUAUUUUGUAAAAAGAAUUGUAUUAUA